AUGAAGAAUAAGGAAAUCAGAAUCAUAGCACUUUUAGUGCUAGAUACAGUAUUCUUCUUACUUGAAGCCAUCAUUGGUUAUUCAGUCCAUUCUCUUGCAUUAAUUGCAGAUUCUUUUCAUAUGCUUAAUGAUAUCAUCUCAUUAAUUAUCGCAUUAUGGGCAGUCAAAGUUAAAAACACUUCAGCAAAUGAUAAAUAUACAUAUGGAUGGCAACGAGCAGAAAUCUUAGGGGCAUUAAUUAAUGCAGUCUUUUUGUUGGCAUUAUGUUUUACAAUUGUUAUGGAUUCAAUUCAAAGAUUUUUUGAACCUCAAGUUAUCACCAAUCCAAAGUUGAUUCUUAUUGUUGGUACUGCCGGAUUGCUUAGUAAUGGAAUUGGAUUGGUGUUAUUUCAUGAACAUGGACAUUCUCAUUCUCAUGCUGGUGGUGCAGGUGAAGGUGAAGGUUCUGGUCAUUCCCAUUCUCAUCUUCAUAAUACUGAUCAGGAACCCCUUGUGGGUAUGCAUACUGAAACGUCUCGAUUAUUACAAGAUCGUGAUAUGGAAGCUAGUGCAUCCCAAGUGUUUGAUUAUUUACCAGAUACGGUAGUUGGAAGAUUUGAAACUAAAGCAGCAGAUGAAGCUAGUCAGCACUCUCAUAGUCAUGGUGGUAUUGGUCAUGAUGGUGAAGGAGAAGCUCCAAAACAAGUUAAAAGGAAAUCAAUGAAUAUGGAAGGGGUAUUCUUACAUGUCAUGGGUGAUGCUUUGGGUAAUGUAGGGGUCAUAAUUACCGCAUUAAUUAUUUGGAAAACAACAUAUUCUUGGAGACAUUUAGCAGAUCCAAUCACUUCAUUAGUCAUAACUAUUAUUAUUUUCCAUAAUGCUUUACCAUUAUGUUUAAAAUCUUCAAAGAUUUUAUUACAAGCAACCCCACCAUAUAUUAAUUCAAAAUUAAUCGUGGAACAAAUAAUUAAACUUCCUUUAGUUAAAAAUGUUCAUGAUUUCCAUGUAUGGAACUUAAAUGAAGAUAUCUUGAUUGCAUCCCUACAUCUAGAACUCAUUGAAUCUACAACUAGUACUCGUCGCAUACCCGGCCAUAGUCCCCUCGCCCCUCAUUCCCCAUCUGAACAUAACCAAGCCCACCAACAACAAGCAACCACAGUCUAUGACGAUUCCGAACACCUGCCUCAAGGAUCAGUAGACUCCAUCGACAUGAAUUAUCAUACAGCCUUGACUUCUCCGUCAUUUGAUAAGAAGGGGUUCACAAUCGUGGUGGCACAAGUUAGGGAUAUUUUACAUAAAUUCGGUAUACAUUCCGUAACCAUCCAACCGGAAUUUCCAAAUAUGUAUGGUCCUGUAUCAAAAAGAAAUAGUCAUGGGAAUGGAAAUAAUGGGGUACAUUAUGGAAAUACUUCAAAGACGACUUGUCUUGUUGAUGAAUUGACGAAUUGUGAUACUGAGAGUUGUAAGUGA